UAAGCACGCAUUAUCAUAUCCACUUAUCACACAUGCUUUCACACACACCCAUAUGCAUCAUUACUCAUUAGACAUCAUGCAUGAACCCUAAUUAUAUCCUUAAACCAAAAUAUCUUUCACUUCAAUUCAAACCCCUCUUAGUUGCUAGCUAUAGCUAGCUCUUUCAAUUAAUUGGAUAUUCUCCGGUGCGGCCACCACCAUGAUCCUUUAUCUCCUCUUCUCCCUUGUCUUCUCCCCUCAAUUUCUACCCGUGACCUCCUCUCGUUGUAGCACCACCACUAGUACUAAAACCUUUGAGAAAUGUAUGGUGCUUCCCACUCAACAAUCGUCCCUUGCAUGGACUUACCACCCUCAUAAUUCCACCCUUGAUCUCGUCUUCUUUGGUAGCUUCAUAUCUCCUUCUGGAUGGGUAGGUUGGGGGAUCAAUCCCACUACAGCGGAAAUGACAGGCACUCGUGCCCUCAUUGCCUUUCCAGAUCCCAACUCCGGCCAACUAGUCCUCCUCCCUUAUAUUUUAGACCCGUCCGUUAAACUUCAAAAAGCUCCAUUGUUGUCACGUCCUCUUGAUCAUAUCCACUUGUUGUCAUCUUCUGCAAAAAUGUACGGUGGGAAGUUAGCCACCAUUCACGAUGGAGCACAAGUUGAAAUAUACGCUACAAUUAGGAUCUCCCUUAACAAAACAAAGAUCCAUGUUGUAUGGAAUCGUGGGGUUUACGUUCAAGGAUAUUCACCUACAAUCCAUCCAACUACCAUCAACGACCUCUCUUCAGCAACUACCAUAGACCUUCUUUCCGGCGUUGCAAGACACGAGAAUGACUUAAAAACGUUGAAGAUUGUACACGGAGUUAUGAAUGGGGUGUCUUGGGGAGUCAUGUUACCCAUUGGUAUAAUCAUGUCACGUUACCUUAGACAUAUAGAAGCAUUAGGACCUACGUGGUUCUACGUGCAUGCAGCCAUGCAACUCACCGGAUUCUUCCUAGGAACCAUUGGCUUUGCGAUAGGGCUUAGACUAGGACAACUAUCACCGGGAAAAGUGUAUAGCUUGCAUAGGAAGCUAGGGUUUAUUGCGGUUUGCUUAGGAAGUCUUCAAACACUUGCGUUAUUAUUUAGGCCUAAAACAACAAACAAGUAUAGGAAGUAUUGGAAGUCAUACCACCAUUUUGUAGGGUAUGCUUGUGUGGUUUUAGGGGUUGUAAAUGUAUUUCAAGGGUUCGAAGCAAUGGAGGCUGGUAGAUCGUACGCGAAAUUGGCAUAUUGUAUGUGUCUAUCAACCUUGAUUGGUGUAUGUAUAGCAUUGGAGGUUAAUAGUUGGGUUGUUUUUUGUAGAAAAGCUGAGGAGGAGAAAUUGAAAAGAGAAGGGGUCAUUCUAAAUGCUGGAUCGGAGAAACAUAGUGGAAACUUCAAUUGAAUGAUCGAAAUUCAUCCACAAAUUUACAUUUUGCAUUUUAUUUCUUUUAUUAGCUAGCUAGGGAUCGAGUUGGUUUAAUUUUGAGCCUUUUUUAUUUCAUUUGUUGGCAAUUGAGGGUUAAUUAGUUUACUUGCCGCUAAUUCAGCAGAAUAAUUAGCUCCAAAUAACUUUUGAAUAA